UAAUUGGUUGCUGUUGAAGUCCUUGGCCUGGGCCUCGUCGCAAGCGAAAACGGUCAAUUAACAAUGAUUUCAUCACAUAGAGAAGACGAGUUUCCUCAAAUAAAGAAUGCAGUGUAUCUCGAUCACACAGGGGCCACACUGCCAUGUUCUAGUCAACUAGAGGGCUUUCACAGAGACAUGAGAGAGAAUCUCUAUGGUAACCCACACAGUCACUCAUCUAGCAGUAGUCUCUGUACUGAGACAAUCGACCAAACUAGGUUCAGGAUACUGAAAUACUUCAAUACCACUCUUGAGAAACACACUGUUAUAUUUACAUCAGGAUGCACUGGAGCCUUAAAGCUGCUUGCGGAAUCAUUUGACUGGUCUGGCUUCAAAGGAUGCCAUCAGACAGGAAGAUCAUCGUCUCUGAACCAUUAUGAUAAUCAUGAUCAUGGACAGAAGAGAGGGAUCUUCUGCUAUUUACAAGAUAACCAUACGUCUGUAGUUGGAAUGAGAGAAAUUGCACAUGCUAAAGGUGCAGAUAGUCUGUGUUUGUCUAAAGAUACAAUGAAAGAACUAUUCACUUCUUCCAUAUCUGUCAUUAACAAGAUUAGCUCACAAGAUAAAAACAAUGGUAAAAAAGUUGAUGGUGCAGAAUACAAUGUGCGACCUCAAGGGCUGUUUGCUUAUCCAGCUCAGAGUAACUAUUGUGGAUACAAGUACCCACUGCAAUGGACAAAGAAAGUUCAGGAUGGAAUCCUCUGUCACCAUACUGGUUGCUAUGGUAACUGGUAUGUUGUUUUGGACGCUGCAGCAUUCGUCAGUACCUCUCCUUUAGAUCUGAGCUCUUGUGAUGCAGAUUUUGUGACAAUUUCCUUCUACAAGAUGUUUGGAUUCCCAACUGGUCUGGGAGCUCUUAUUGUACGCAAUGAUUCUGCCCAUGUGUUGGUGAAGGAGUACUUUGGAGGUGGUACUGUGAUGGCGUAUUUAGCCAAGGAAAGGUUCAACAAAACAAGAAUGGAAUUGGCAGAAAGGCUUGAAGAUGGCACUGUACCCUUUCUUGAUAUUGUUAGCCUACGUCAUGGGUUUGAUGCACUCAAAAGACAUGGAGGUGGCAUGAAGUCAAUUUCUGAACAUACAUUCCUCUUGGCCAAGUAUGUAUAUGAUCAACUAUCUACUUGGAAGCACCAUAAUGGGCAGCCAGUUUGUGAGAUCUAUAACUGCAGUGGUUUUGAAAGCUCUGAUAAUCAAGGUCCUAUCAUUAACUUUAACUUGCUUCGGUCCAGCGGAGAGCAUUCUGGAUAUGCAGAGUUUGAGAGAUUGGCUUCUCUGCAUGAUAUUCACCUAAGGACUGGUUGUUUUUGUAAUACUGGAGCUUGUCAGUACUACCUUAAUAUAACAGAUCAAGACAUCAAGGAUAAUCUAGAUGCUGGACAUGUGUGUGGUGAUGACAUGGAUCUGAUUAAUGGCAGGCCUACAGGAUCAGUUAGAAUCUCAUUUGGAUAUAUGUCAAACCAAGAAGAUGCUGACAGGUUUCUUACAUUCGUCAAAAACUACUUUGUUGAAAAAGAGUGCCAAACAAUAUCGUGUUCUAUGGAACAGAGUGAUUUGAUGUUGGGAGACACAAGAAUAGAACAAUUGACAGUUUCAGCCAAGUCUAUGUCACCUUCUUCAUCAUCAAAAACACCAACAAUAGCACCAACAUCAUCACCACUACAAUCAUCAUCUGUACUGUCACCACCACUACAAACACCAUCAGUGUUAUCAUCAUCAACAGCAUCAAAACCACUACCAACUUUACAACCACCAUCUUCAUCUCGAUCAUCAUCACCAACUUCCUCAAAAAUUGUUUCAUCAGGUCCACAGAACUUUCCUUCAGUGCGGAAGCAGACUGAAAGUGAAACUAGGAGCUCAAAGGCAACUUCUCAAGGAGAAAGAACCACCAAUGAACAAUCCACCACCAAUGGUCCAAGACUUUUAAAGAUAUUUCUUUAUCCAGUUAAAUCAUGUGGUGCCAUGGAGGUUUCAGAAUGGGAGUUAAGUGAAGCAGGUCUCAAAUAUGAUAGAAGGUGGAUGAUUGUCAACGAUGGUGGCGUGUACAUGUCUCAGAAACGAAUUCCUCAUCUAUGCCUCAUAAAACCGUCUAUAGACCUUGUCAAUAAUCAAUUGCUUUUAGCGUAUAAAGACAAGGGUAAUUUUACAUUGCCUCUGGACAUCCCUAGAUCUUACAUCAAUGAAACAUCCCUUAGUCAAGGCAAAGUUUGUGGUGAUAGAGUAAAUACAAUUGAUUGUGGAGAUGGGGUUGCAGCAUGGCUCACAGAGGUCAUAGGUCAGCGUUGUCGUCUGCAGCAACAAGAUCCAGAUUACCACAGAUCAAGUAAACUCAACAAAAAUACAGCCAAGAGAGGAUCAGACUGCUCCCUAUCCCUUGCCAACCAGUCACAGUACCUCUUAGUGACUGCAUCCUCUUCAGCUUCCCUCCUAUCAGCGGUCAACCAGUCCUCCAAUCAAGAGAGUCAUCAGCUCUCACUGGAUGACAUGAUAGCAAGAUUUAGAUCUAACCUGGUGGUUGAGGGGUGCAGUGCUUUUGAAGAGGAAUCAUGGAGCAAGAUAGCCAUUGGAGGUCAAGAUUUUGAGGUCAAAGGAUGCUGUAACCGUUGCCAAAUGAUCUGUAUCAACCAAGACACUGCGGAGAAGGGUACUGAGCCUUUGUGUACACUAUCAGCUGUCAGAAGUAAAAAGAUAUUCUUUGGAGUCCAUCUGAUGAAUAGUGCUAUGUUAAAGGAAGGAGUCAAGCUUAGGAAAGGCGAUGCAGUGAAGGUACUUCAUAGAAUUGCUUCAUCAGAGACUACUGUAUGAUGUCA